UUGCCCGGCUAUGACGUCACGCGUGGACAGUAAAUUAUUUGUAUUUUGAUUAUUUGCAUUACAAUUAUCUGGAAAUACUUGACUAAACAUAAAUAAAUGUGUUAAUCAGGGCUCGACAAUGUCGCCGGCGAUUGCAUUGAAUGGUUAAAGGCAUAGCCACAAAGGCAAAACAAUCAAAAAUUGACACGGCGCAAAGGAUCUAAAGAAGAAACCCACAGGAAAAUUUACUAAUUUAAUAUCGAUAUGGAAGUGCCAGUGCAUCCGCUGAGCCAGGAUCCCACGGCCGCUUGGAGGGACAUCAGCAAAACGCAGCGGGUGAUCAAGGUCACGAUGAAGCCACCCACCACCACAGUGGCGCCCAACAAGGCCCGAGUGGUCUGCAUGUCCGACACCCACUCGCUGACUCCGUACAUCAAGUUCGACAUCCCAGAUGGCGAUAUAUUCAUUCAUGCGGGCGACUUCACCAAGUGCGGCCAAUUGGAGGAGGUGGAGGAGUUCAACACUUGGAUUGGCGCACUGCCGCAUCGCCACAAGAUCGUGAUUGCCGGCAAUCAUGAGCUGAGCUUCGACAGAACCUUCACCCAUCCGUUCCAAAAGAAUCAGGGCAAAGGUCAUGCUACGAGCAGCAAACACACCGGCAUGUCCAUCCUGGAUGAUCUGCCCACCUUGGGCAAUGCCAAGGAGAGUCUGGAGAACGCUGUGCAGACGCAGAAUGUCCGAGAGGUUCUGACCAACUGUCGGUAUCUGGAGGACGAGUUGCUGGAGAUUUGGGGCAUUCGUAUCUAUGGAUCUCCCUGGCAGCCGGAGUUCUGUCGCUGGGCCUUUAAUGUGCCCCGAGGGCCGGCCUGUUUGGAGAAAUGGAACCAAAUACCCGAGGGCAUCGACAUCCUGGUCACCCACACCCCACCCGUGGGUCAUGGAGAUCUUUGCUGUUCGGGCGUAAGAGCAGGAUGCGUGGAACUGCUCAGCACUGUUCAGCAACGGGUGCGCCCGAAGUACCAUGUUUUCGGGCAUGUUCACGAAGGCUAUGGCAUCACCAGCGACGGCAGGAUCAUCUUUGUGAAUGCAUCCACUUGUGACAUCAAUUACCUACCCAACAAUGCCCCCAUCGUUUUCGAUGUAACCCUGCCCCCGGGAUUUCGCAAGGAUUAGCGUGCCCAGAAUGAUAUUUACUCGCAUUUGUUGCCGGUUCAAUGAAUUUACUUUUACUUUAAGUUUAAAUUAAGAGAUUUUGUCAACACACAUUUAGGUGCCUAGAGAAUUCUCAUUGAACAAUCCCACUCUAUAUAUUAAAAAUCACCAUUAAAGCGCCAUACAAGAUUUCUUUAAGUAGAAUAAAAACAUUAAACCGA